AUGCCCGCGGGACCCGCUCCCCCGGCCGCCGUCGUCAGCAGCCCCCCGCCACCAUCGUCAGCACCAGCGCGUACGAACAUCGGCAAGGCCGUCGCCGCCCAUGCGGCCGCCACCUUCGGGCCGCAGCCGGGGGCGCCGUGCGACCCCGCGCUCCUGGCGACGCAGGCCGCGCUCUUCUGCGCCCCCGACAUGGCCACCGCCCAGUGCUGCGAGCCCGUCGUCGCCGCCGUCGACCUCGGGGGCGGCGUCCCCUGCCUCUGCCGCGUCGCCGCCGAGCCGCCGCUGGUCAUGGCCGGCCUCAACGCCAGCCACCUCCUCAAGCUCUACACCUCGUGCGGCGGUCUCCAGGACGGCGCCCGCUUCGCCGCCGCCUGCGAAGGACUCGCUCCCUCCCCGGCUGCCGUCGUCAGUAGCCUCCCACCCUCGCCUUCGCGUCGACGCAAGCAGGCAACGCACGAUGCAACGGCGCUACCGCCGUCUAGCAAGAAGCCGUCGUCGUUGUCCCCGUCGCCUCAGCAGAAUGUCGGUGCCGCCCCAGCUGAGUCCAAAUCUAUGGAGCUGGUCUUUCUUGUUCUAGGAUACGUGUUCACCGGAGUUCUGUAUCUUUCACCCAUUCCGACUAUUUGGCAGAUCGCCACCACCAACGAGGUCGGCAUGUACAAGCCUGAUGUGCACGUGCUCACGCUGGGAAGUUGUGUUAUUGGACUGUUAUACGGCGUGCCAGAUCCAUUUAAGAAGGGGCCAGUCAUCUUCAAUGCCGUGGGCAUUUUAAUUCAGAUAGUAUAUCUAGGCAUUUUCUUUCGAAGCUCUACAGCAGCACAGAGACGGACUGUCUUAUUCCACCUUGUUAUGAUCGGUGGCGCUGUGGCAAUGCAGGCUUUGUUGGUUUUUCUGUUAUGUCCACAGCCACGGUACCGGUAUAUGCUUUCUAUAUGCGUCGCUGGCAUGACCACCGGGAUGUACUCCGGGCCCGUACGUCAAAUGUUAACUGUUUGGGCAACAAAGAACGUCAAUCACAUGUCCAUUUGGAUGGCCGGUGCCUCACUGUUCAGCGGCAUAUUUAGGACCGUCUAUGCAUUUUUGACCCGAGACUGGUUCGGCUUUGCAGCUUACAUCAUUGGUGCUGUCUCCGGGCUGGUGCAGUUGACGCUGUUCCUGACGGUGAAGUUCCGAUACCAGCAGCAGCCGGGCGCGUGACUUAUCAUCCCGGGUUGCCGGUUCUUAACAUUCUUCGAUGGAUUUGAAUAGUGCUUCAUCUGUUUGAACUAGCUAGCCGUGGGUACCACGAAUGUGGAGUAGCAUUAAUACUUGUGGAGUGGGUGUAAUAUACUUGAUACCUUUUGAUUUUACGAGUACGUGAGAUAUACCUUUCUGUUGGCAAAUUAA